UUUCUCAUUUCUUUUUGGCUUCACGAGAGCCGAGUGGGAGGGGGGUGAGAGGAGAAGACUCUUGGAAAGAGCUUUCCGAGUUUUGACCCUCUCUUCUCCCUCGUCGAUGGCGUAUUCACACCUUGCCGUAUCGCCUUCUCCUCUCCAACCCCUUCCUUUCCUUCCAUAAAACGCCCUCCCGUCUCUAUCUUCUUCGGGCCUCUCCUCUAUUCCCUCUUAUCCCACCUAAAUUUAAGACCUUUCCAAGUUUUUUCCCUCCUUGCCUUCUAUCUCUCAAAACAAUAUCGUUUUUGGCAGACUUUUCGGAGAAAAAAACCUCGUCUUGAGGGGUGGUAGGCGGUUUGUUUCUAGAUUCUAGGAAGGAUCGCUCGUCUUCAAGCUUGACUUCUGACGGGCUUCUAGAAAUCUCAGGGAAAUCUCUCUUUUUCUCUCUUGUGAAUGCAAAUAGUCUUCUCAGCUCCGAAGACGAGCUUGGUCGUCGCGGUUUGAGUUCCUCUGCCCAAAGAUCUUGAAAAGAUUGGAUCUUGGUAAAGAUCUCGUCGGUUGCAGCCGUAAAACCUCGGAAAGAUCGGAUCUUUGAUCCCUCCGGCACUCGAUUCCAUGGGAAAUUGCUGUGCUUCGCCGGCGGCAGGCAAGAAGAAGCAGAAGCAGAAGCAGAAGAAGGGGAAUCGGCAGAACCCCUUCUCCCUAGAUUACAACAAACCCCCCGCCCACGGCGUCCCCAAGCUCACCGUUCUCAGGGACCCCACCGGCCGGGACAUCGGCAGCCGAUACGAGCUCGGCCAGGAGCUCGGCAGGGGAGAGUUCGGAGUCACCUACCUCUGCACCGAUAAGGCCACCGGCGAGGCCUUCGCCUGCAAGUCGAUAUCGAAGAAGAAGCUGAGAACCACCGUCGACAUCGAGGAUGUGAGGAGGGAGGUGGACAUCAUGAGGCAUUUGCCGAGCCAUCCCAAUAUAGUGACCCUCAAAGACACAUAUGAGGAUGACAACGCCGUCCACCUCGUGAUGGAGCUCUGUGAAGGAGGGGAGCUUUUCGAUCGGAUCGUUGCGAGGGGCCGUUACACUGAGCGGGCGGCUGCGGCGAUCACCCGGACCAUCGUUGAGGUCGUGCAGAUGUGCCACAAGCAUGGGGUGAUGCAUCGGGACCUCAAACCAGAGAACUUCUUGUUUUCUAACAGAAAGGAAACAUCCCCCUUAAAAGCAAUUGAUUUUGGGUUGUCAGUAUUUUUCAGACCUGGUGAGCGCUUUACUGAAAUCGUAGGCAGCCCCUAUUACAUGGCUCCAGAGGUUCUAAAACGAAAUUAUGGCCCAGAGAUUGAUGUUUGGAGUGCAGGAGUGAUCCUUUAUAUCCUCCUUUGUGGUGUACCACCAUUUUGGGCAGAAACUGAACAGGGAGUAGCGCAGGCAAUCAUUCGCUCUGCUGUAGAUUUUAAAAGAGAACCAUGGCCGAAAGUUUCUGACAAUGCUAAAGAUCUUGUCAAGCGGAUGCUUGAUCCUGAUCCUAAGCGGAGGUUAACAGCUCAAGCAGUUCUUGAUCAUCCUUGGUUGCAGAAUGCCAGUAAGGCCCCGAAUGUUAAUCUAGGUGAAACUGUUCGAGCGAGACUCCAGCAAUUCUCUGUGAUGAACAAGUUCAAAAAGAAAGCUCUCAGGGUAGUGGCUGAGCAUUUAUCUGUAGAGGAAGUAGCUGACAUAAAGGAUAUGUUUCAAAAGAUGGACAUAAACAACAAUGGUAAAAUAACAUUUGAAGAGCUGAAAUUUGGUCUCCACAAGCUUGGACAUCAAAUUGCUGAUUCAGAUGCUCAGAUAUUAAUGGAAGCUGCGGAUGUUGAUGGGAACGGGACCCUAGACUACGGAGAAUUUGUUGCUGUGUCGAUUCACAUAAGGAAGAUUGGAAAUGAUGAGCACCUGCACAAAGCUUUUGCAUACUUUGAUAAGAACAGGAGUGGGUAUAUAGAAAUUGAAGAGCUUAGAGACUCCUUGGCUGAUGACUUGGGUCCAAACUCUGAGGAAGUUAUGAAUGCAAUUAUCCAUGAUGUAGACACAGACAAGGACGGGAGAAUAAGCUAUGAGGAGUUUGCAACAAUGAUGAAGGCAGGAACUGAUUGGAGAAAGGCAUCUCGGCAGUAUUCACGUGAGCGGUUUAGCAACCUUAGCUUGAAUCUGCAGAAAGAUGGAUCAUUGCAGCUGAAAAAUGAGCAUAGAUGAAAUAAGAAGGCACUGCUGACCUUGCGAAAUUCAAAACCAGAAAAAUUUCCUCCUUUUUUUGUGCAUGAUUUACAUAUUCUUUCAUAAUUUUCUAUGUUGCAUCUGGGGCUAAAAUUCUUUCUACUUGUUUCCUAUUAGUUGGUUAGUGGUAAGGCUUGCUUAUGUCUUUAAACCUUCUACAACUGGUUGUAUGUAUCAUUUCAGCAGAGAAUGUAUUAGAAAAAGAAAAGAGGAAGAGAAAACGGGGCAACUAGAGCUCUUGAUUGUAAAUAUGUCUGUCCUCUCAGUUUUAGCUCACAAACAAUGUUGCAUGACUUGGCUUUUGAUUGCACCCACCUUGGCAGGAAUUCCAUUUGGUUUGUCUUCAA